AGGUAUUUGCUCAUUUUCUAGAUCCUCUUUUCUUUCGGUUCCUCUCUCAGCCAUUCAUUUCUAUCCCAAUAAAAUAACUGAAUUUGUGGUACUUUUGAAAUUCCUAUGUAACUCCGAUUUAAUUUGUUGUUGCUUGAACUACAAUUCAAUUGGAUUCAUAUUUCAUGACAUGUGCCUAAAUGGGUAUCUGUAUUUAUGCCCAGAUUUUUCUUUUGGAUGGGUGUGAGCUAGAACCAUCAAAAGUCUUGCUUUUUUGGGAUCUUGGUCUAAAUUAGUUUUGUUAUUUAUGGAUUUGGGAAGUAAAUGUUCCUCCUCCCUAGAAUCUGAAGGAGAUAAUGAUGGUUCUUUUGCUAAUGAGAACUUUGAGUUGUCACCAUAUCAAAAGGGAAGAGAUAGUGAAGAACCUGUGCAUCCCAUAGGAGCAUCAGAAGGCUGUGGGUUGAAGAAAUGGAAGAGAAUUAGGAGGGAUAUGGUUAAGGAUCUGAGUUUGUGUGUAGAUUCUGAGAAUUUAGCUAACUCAGCUCAGUGGGUUGUUCAACAGGGAAAGGGACAGGUUGAGAGCACAAAGAAGCAUAGAAGUGAUAGAGUCAGAAAGAAGAAGGAAAAUUCUCAUUCCAGCAUUGAGUCUGAUUCAAGGAACUCCAAUUUUGAGGAUGGUAUCUUUGCUGUGACUAGUAAUGGGGAAUAUAGUGGCAGGCAGAAUAAUUCUGAUGAUGGUAACAGUGAUGAAGAGCAUACUUACGAACAUUUCUCAGAGGACUUUCAAGCCAGUUGUUCUUACAACAACAUGGGGGAAGAUGAAGAUCUUCUACAAGAGAAAAGUGAGCAGAAUCAAUCUUCAACAGUUGAGGAUCCUUUAAUUGAGUCUAUUCGUAGCCUUCAGGCUGCACAGGAGGCACUUGAAGAAGAGAUAAAAAAAUUCGGGGUGAUCGCGAAUAAACCUUUCUCAAUUGAUGAUGACUCAACCAAGUGUAGCAGUGCAACUGCUGAUGUUAGUGCUGUUGAUCUUGGAUUCCAUAAGUCAUGCUUAUCUGCCCAGCCUGCUGUGGAAGAGAUUAAACAAAUUGCAUCAAGUUCCUUGGAACUUAAGGUAUUGAGCUUGACAAAAAAUAUAAAUAUUUUGGAAAGCAAAUCAAAAGAAUUACAGGAUAUGAUUGCCAUUAAGGAUUCCAAGAUUGCUGAACUUGAAACAGCACUGAGUGAUGGUAAGUUUCCUAAGGAAGAAUAUGCUUGCACCAUAGGUUUAUCAGAGGAAAAAUUUGAAGAAGUGGAAUCUGAGCUUCUGAGUCUUUUUCGGCAAAAGAUUGAAGCUGAGAUUGAAUACCUGGUCGUUACAAAGAUGAUGCAGAACUUGAAGGUUACAUCAGCUUUUGUGUUAUUGGAAACACAAGAAACACUAUCUGGGCAGUCUGGCAAUCAAGUGCACGUCUCGAACAAGCUUGGAGAGGCACACGGUAAGGAGUCGAAGUUGAAGAACAGAGCAGAUGAAUUGGAAAAAUAUGGUGGUGACAUUUUAGGAAUUGAGGAGACUUUUAUGAUGCAGAAAAGAGUAUGUAAGCUGACAUUAUGCCUUUUCUUACAGUUGACGUUGUUAUUCAUGGUCGUUUGGCUUUUUGUAUCAAAGUUAUUGCCCAAUUCUGGGGUGAUUGUACCUACAUAAAUUUGUGCAUUCUAAGAAGUUUCUUAGCUCAUUCACAUUUGAAUAUAAAAUUUCUUUCUCAUCGUAUAUAAUAGAAUCUCCCUUCUCUGGAUUAGGGGAGUG